CAGGUGGUGGUGGCGGGGUGUAUAAUAUGGUUAGCAGGCAGGCAGGGUGUAGACGUGCAGGACUGGGUUUUCUAAAUGCUACGGAGCAGAAGUUUUGAGUCGAAAUGGUGUUACCGCGACAGAGAAAUGCGAAAGGCUCCAAUGCCACCGAGAUAGAGAAGAAAAUUAAAAGGGGUAACGCACUACGGCAGGGAUCCACAUGGAGAAGUUCCCGAGGCCUCAUGGCCUUGCUGCUGGUUGCUCUGUCUGUGUUUGUGGUGGCUGGUUGGCUGUACGUGACCUCUCUGGACAGUGACAUCACAGAAACACUGGUCAGCAAGGGUGAGCUGGUCUCUCCCCAGCCCAGAGUCUACAGUGUCCAGUGCUCUGAAGACUAUGAGAACUACCAACGCUAUCCAGGAUGCACCCCUCAGAAGUGUGGUCGUGCAGUUACAGACAACGUGGUAACAAGGGAGGAAGCUCAGGUCCUCAAGAGGCUGGCUGAGAGGGGGCUUGCACUGGCUGGCUCAGAUGGAGGAGCCUCCAUACUGGAUUUGCACUCUGGAGCGUUGUCAAUGGGAAAACAGUUUGUCAACAUCUACAGGUACUUUGGGGAUCAGAUCGGGGAGGUGUUCACUCAGGAGGAUUUCGAGCUUUACAGAAAUGUACGCAAGCGAAUUCAAGCAGCUAUCGCCGAGACAUUUGAUUUGGACCCAACUCUGAUGUACCUCACCAAGCCCACCUUCUUCUCCAGAAUCAACAGCACGGAAGCCAAGACCCAGCAUGACGAGUACUGGCACCCACACAUAGAUAAGGUGACUUAUGGCUCUUUUGACUACACCUCCCUCCUGUACCUGUCUGACUAUGGCUCUGACUUCACUGGAGGAAGAUUUAUCUUCAUGGACCAAAACGCCAACCGGACAGUGGAACCACUGGCAGGACGAGUCUCUUUCUUCUCUUCCGGCUCGGAGAACCUCCACCGCGUAGAAAGGGUGACAUGGGGGACGAGAUACGCCAUCACCGUGUCCUUCACCUGCGAUCCUGCACACGGCAUCUCCGACCCCGCCAUGCCCGAAGACACCCAUGGGUGACGGUGACAGCGCUGCCCACUGGCUCGAUGAAGCCCUGCAGUAGAGAUGGGGAGCGUGGGGGUAGGGAAAGAAAGAGGGGAGGAAAAGAGUGAUGAACUGCGAUUUUAUACGUCGGUUGUACUUGCAACAAUCAUAAACUUUAGCUGCAUGGUCAAUAUCUCUAAUUUAUUUUUAUAUUAUAGAUAUUGACCUGCUGUCUGUUAUGAUUGUGCCACAGAAAAAAAGGCCACAUACUUGCACCCUCUCUUUUGUUAGAGGUCUUUUCUUAUUUUUUAGACCCUUGUCUAUUUUUAUCCAAUUUUCUACAGCAGUAGCUUUUUUUUAAAUCAUAAUCGCUGGUAUUAGACCUGUUUGAGUUCCCCACAGGUUUCCACAAUCCGCUCUUCUUGAUCGUUGGGGGUUGGCUUCAGCAAAAAUUGCUUCUCGGCUAAAACGGUUUAAACAAGGCUAAAGUGGGAUUGUGUUUUUUUGGCAUGUCUGUGUAUUUUUUUUUUUAUUUUAAGAAGUGAGCUGUCAAUUCCUAAAAGAAGAGAUAUCAAUCUGGUGAAUCACCUACUGAAUCACAAAGUCUCCACUCACUGUGGCCCCCCCAUAGGAAUACUCAUGACCCAAGAGGUGUUUUCUUCUAAGAAGAACCCUCUUCUUAUACAGGAGUGAUUGCUCUUUCUAUUACUUUACCAUUUGUUUCAAUUUGGUCUGUGAGAACGGUCUGAAAUAAAAUACUGACGGAACAAAAAGUUUCUCUCUCUCUCUGUCUCUCUCUCUCACUUUCAGUACUCAAAGUUAUUGGUGUUUCUUCUGUUUUCUCUGCUUGAUUAUUAAGAAACCAGCACACUUCACUUGUCAGAAUAGUAUUUAGUUUUUCAUUAAAUGAACAAGUGUAAUUCUUGUGUACACCUUUUAUUGAUUUCUAUUGGAGUCUUAUCUGCUCUUCCUGUGAGUUCCAGACACUUGCAAUUGCUUGACUGAUCAAACACAUUCAUCUGUUCAAGAAGUCAUUGUGCUUGCCUUUCUUAUUUUCCGCACAGCUGCUCAGGACAAACCACUGUCUCCGUUCUCAUGUCUCCUUUAUAGAUUCUAGACUCUAGUGUCCAUCAUUGUGUGUAUACAAUAUAUGCCAAAAAAGGGCUACUUUAAUCUUUACCUUUUA